AUGGAUUCUCCGGCUGGCUUGAGUUUCCAAGCAAACCGGCUCGCCAACAUGAAUCAACUUGUGGAUCUGCGAAAGGGUAUGCUAGAGAGUGAAAAGAAAUGCCUUUCCCUAACCCAUGAGUACAACCUUGAGCAAAUGAAGGCAGCUUUGCCUGAAGAUUUGUAUCGGAACGUCCUCUUGCCCAUGGCGGACAAGAGUUUUAAGUACGAAAUCCAAACCCUCGAGGCUAAUCAUAAGCAACAAAUCGAGAAAAUCGAGAAAGAUUACAUGGGAGGUUCUAGUCGCCACCAACCGACAUCUCACGACCAGCUUGAGUUAAAUAUACCCACUAACGACACACUUCACGACCAAGGCGAGAUAAUCGAUGAUGAAGAAUUCGCCGCAACGCAUUUUACGUCGCCAACUCUGAGUAAAGAUAUCGGCGUCACAGCUGGUGAUACCUCGAAGUUUCUAGAUUCCAAGAAACGCAAGGCAUCUUUGCCUGGGGAUAAUACGAAGCGACUGCGCCUUGAUACCGCCAUCAAUCCCAAUCCCCUUUGUACCCCUGCAACUACACCUUUGGUUGAGUUUGCUCCUCAGAGAUUUGAGUCCACUCCUCAGAAAGUCGAGUCUGCUCCUCAGAGAUUUGUCGCAUUCAACGAAGUUUACCAGGAUGGCAAAGCUGACCACAAGGAUACGAUCGUGGAGUGGCCGGCCGGCAGUCAUAAGUGGUACAUCCUCAAGUGUGGAAAACACAAUCUUCGUUUCAAGUCGAACCCAGUCACGGGUGCUGCAACGCACCUAAAUGGUUCCCACCAUGGCUUCCCGGAUAGAAACCGGGAUACAGCCGUGAAGACCCUGGGAUACCAGGUAGUGGACUGCAAUGAGGCGCUAGCGGAAUUGAACAACAAACUUGCAGAAGAAUCAUAUGGCACUGGUCAUAAAUCGCCUAGUUCUAAGACGACAAGACGAUUGAGCACUACUCACAACAAACAGCAGGAAUCUACCAGCAACGCUCCUGUUAUUCUUCCCACUGCGCCCGAAGUAGCAGUUACGAGCCAGGGUCCGACUCAAGAGACCGCUACAUCUCGGAAUGCACCAAGGGAUUCCAAGUCCGCCGAUCCGGGCAACCCAAUUAUUCUAAACCCGAAGGACUUCCACAUUUAUUAUGGCCGUUGGAAGCUCACGGCUGAUGGGGGAGAGAACCUAAUUUACCCGGUCAUGAUCCUAGGAUGGGAUGCGCAAGACGGAAGUGGUUUGGAAUGCGGAACCACCCUCAAGGAUACUGGCCUACUGGAGAAAUCCUCUCGUCCGCCCGGUUGUUACGUCUAUGGCGACAACAAGAUCAUUAGUUGGAAGCCGGAGUACGCGAAUGGAGGUCCUAGAGUCAAGUUUAGGAGGUUCCCAGUAAUGUUCUUCGACGAAAGUCAGACUGUAGCCUGGCUCCCAGCUGAAGAUCUAGAAAGAUUUCCGCUCUACAAGACCGACGCACCAUCUGAUCCCAGUGAUCCCUUCAAUGCUGCACGUCGAUGGAUUGCCGAGAGGGAAGGUUUUAAGACAUGGGAUGAUAGAGAGAGGAAUCGAAUGAAUGUUCUUCUUACCGGCCAUUAUGGAAAUGAUGGAGCUCAUGGACCUGCCGAAGGAACUGGUGUGUCUGGCAAUAACAAUGAUUCAGUCGAUUCAGAUCUCGAAUCGGAGGCUAGAUCUAGUACUUCGAAUGGUACGACUGAAACCGAAAAGUUGCUAAGGGAGAUGAUGGACAAAGGUGGUGAGAUCGAAGGUGACGAGGAUUACGAGAUAUCCGACGCGGACGUGGAUGGUAAGGUCAUCAACGAAGCCAACGACGUCGACGAUAACGUCCUCGACCUCGAACCACAUGAUUGGGACAACGAUCCUUCUGUCAUUGCGGAAGCUAAGGCUGAUUUUGAGUCUUACCCUCUACGAAGCACAAAAACUUCUGGUCAAUCAGCUUCGCAGGCUAAUCCCACAUCUGAAACGCGUGAGGCUGGUGAGGCUGGUUUGGCAGAUGCAGCAGAUGCAACAGACGCAACAGUACCUGCAGGACCCUCAGGUUCAGCGGGCUCAGCAGGUUCAUCAGGGCCAGCAGUUUUGGCGGGAUUAACAGGACCAGCAGGACCAUCGGAUCCAGCAGAUUCGGUAGCAAUGGGUAUGAAGUCUGCGCGUAAGCUCUCCCAUCAGGCGUGUUCUACAUCCUCUACAUCCUCUGUACCAAACGUAUUGUCGAACAAGUCGACUCUAAGUAUGAACCAACCACCUAUGACACCUGGUUUGAGCCAACCUCCUCAACUUUCUCAGCCUAGCGGAUUCGGUAUAGCGUUCAAGUCUACUGAGGCCGAGAGCCGAGAUGAUUCCCAGAAGGGAGUAGCAAAUAUCGCCAGUAUGUCGGUACCCAGUACAGCUAAUGCAGACUUCGAGCUGAUUACAUAUCACAACGACGAUCACAAUCAGCAUUGGACGAAGUCGGAUGGGGAACGUGGCGUCCAGCUCUUUUACAGCCCUGACAAAAAGAGCCUCCGGGGACGAGGACCAAUGGGCAACGUUACUAUUGACCCAUGCAAGUAUACUAGCUUUUCUAGAAUGCACGCGGCGGAGUUGAGUGACCGUCACCGUCUUGUCUUGCUAGUACACGAAGACGGGUCGGUGGUGAACCUCGCUUUCAGUCGCAGUGAAGGAAGCCCGUUGGGAAGCGGUAUGGUUCAAUCUCGCCGGUUCGCUCAAUGGAUUCGACAAGUAAAUCCCGCCAUCCAAUAUAAACUUGAUGUAUGA